AUGAUAUAUAUUCGUGACUAUCCCUGGUCACGAUCCAUUUCCCACCCACUCCCACCAAUAACAUUGAACAUCUCUUUCACCCUAGCCUGGUGUUAUUGGCCAGCUACUUCUUCAGACAAACCCCACUAACAAGUUUGAGUCCCUCACACCCUUUAGUUUCUCUCUAAUAAAUCUUCCAACCACUCCAAAUUCCUCAAACCAUGGAAAACGCCUGUGAGUUCAGCUUUCUGUGGAUUUCCAGCCGUCUUGGGAUGCUGAUUUUGCUUCAGCUGCAGUAUCUGAUGAUGUUGAGCUUGCUUCAAUCAUGAUUGUGCCUGAUCUGUUCUGUGUUUGUAAAUGAUUUGGGCUUUUGGAGAGGAUCAAGAGCCAGGAUAGAGGAAUACAUAUAUGGAUUGAUAGAAAGGGAGAGAGAGAGAGAGAGAGAGAGAGAGAGAGAGAGGAGAGUGAAUUUUUCUAGGAUGAGAAAUAAAAUGAUUCUUCCCUGUUUGUUGAAAUGAAUCACGGAAUUUUGGGUGUGGCAGCUCAGAUUAUGGUGAUGGCAAUUGUCCUUUCUCUGAUUUUGCUCUUUGCAGGCAUUGUGAUGUUGGUCUUAAUUCAUGUUUGUAUUGUUGGGAGGGCCUUUAGGAGAGGAUCUGGCAACAUCACCAUGGUUGAGAGGGUGAGCACUGGAAGCAGAAGCAUGUCCCGAGACGACAUCGAGAAGCUUCCUUGCUUCGAUUUCGAAGCGAAACAGAAGGGGAGUAGCCCUGUGGAUUGUGCUGUUUGCCUGGAAAACUUCAAGGCCGGGGAAAAGUGCAGAUUGCUGCCUCUGUGCAAGCAUAGUUUCCAUGCCCGGUGCGUGGACUCUUGGCUUUUGAUGGCAUCCAUUUGCCCGAUUUGUCGAACCAGCGCGGAAAAUUGGAAGGCCGGAUUGGUCUCCGCCGAAGAAAGCAGCCGUUUCAGUGACACUUUGGUUGAAGUGAGAGAGAGCCAGACAUCUGAGAGUGGCAUUGUGAGCGAGGCUGGAAUUGAACUGAGAGAGAGCCAACGAGUACAAGAAACUGGGCAUUUAGGUGAAGCUAGAAUUGAAUUAAGAGAGAACCAAGCGGCCUCCAGUUAGCAACUAAGUCUGCUCAAUGGGUUUGCUUUUGCUUGCACAGUUCAUCGCCUUGUAAGUACCGUCAAAUGAUGAUUGAUUUUGCUUUUGUUUUCACGAACAUACGUGAGAUGAAAAUGAUUUUUCUUGCUCAAGUCAAGAAACCGAAA